CCGGAAAUGACGCAAAGGUCCCGCCGUCUCUUUCCGCGUUUCCGUCGUUCCGCGGUGUGCGUCGCGAGCUCAGCUGGUCCGGCCGCGCCCACCGCAGCCCCUCCGCGCCGUCGCCAUGUCGCGGUUUUUCACCACCGGGUCGGACAGCGAGUCCGAGUCGUCGCUGUCCGGGGAGGAGCUAGUCACCAAACCUGUCGGGGGCAACUACGGCAAACAGCCAUUGUUGCUCAGUGAGGAUGAAGAAGAUACCAAGAGAGUGGUUCGAAGUGCCAAGGACAAGAGGUUUGAGGAGCUGACCAACCUCAUCCGGACCAUCCGUAACGCCAUGAAGAUUCGAGAUGUCACCAAAUGCCUGGAAGAGUUUGAGCUCCUGGGAAAAGCGUAUGGGAAGGCUAAAAGCAUUGUGGACAAGGAAGGUGUCCCGCGCUUCUAUAUUCGCAUCCUGGCCGACCUGGAGGACUAUCUUAAUGAGCUCUGGGAAGACAAGGAAGGGAAGAAGAAGAUGAAUAAGAACAACGCCAAAGCCUUGAGCACGCUGCGCCAGAAGAUCCGAAAAUACAACCGGGAUUUUGAGUCCCACAUCACCAAUUACAAGCAGAACCCGGAGCAGUCCGCAGAUGAAGACGCUGAGAAGAAUGAGGAGGAUUCCGAAGCCUCUUCCGAUGAGGAUGAGGAUGAGGAUGGAGUCAGUGCUGCAGCUUUCCUGAAGAAGAAAUCAGAAGCUCCUUCUGGGGACAGUCGCAAGUUCCUCAAAAAGAUGGAGGAUGAAGACGAGGAUUCAGAAGAUUCAGAAGAUGAUGAAGAAUGGGACACAAGUUCAACGUCUUCGAAUUCGGACUCAGAGGAAGAAGAAGGGAAACAGACUGUACUGGCCUCAAGAUUCCUUAAAAAGGCCCCCGCCACAGAGGAGGAGAAGAAGGCCGCCGAGAAGAAACGGGAGGACAAAGCUAAGAAGAAGCACGACAGGAAAUCCAAGCGCCUGGAUGAGGAGGAGGAAGAUAACGAAGGCGGGGAGUGGGAGCGGGUCCGAGGGGGGGCCCCCCUCGUGAAGGAGAAACCAAAAAUGUUCGCCAAGGGCACUGAGAUCACCCACGCUGUUGUGAUCAAGAAGCUGAAUGAGAUCCUGCAGGCACGAGGCAAGAAGGGAACAGAUCGGGCAGCCCAGAUUGAGCUGUUGCAGCUGCUGGUUCAGAUCGCUUCUGAAAACAACCUUGGGGAGGGUGUCACUGUCAAGAUCAAGUUCAAUAUCAUCGCCUCUCUCUAUGACUACAACCCCAACCUGGCCACAUACAUGAAGCCUGAAAUGUGGCAGAAGUGCCUGGACUGCAUCAAUGAGCUGAUGGACAUCCUGUUCGCAAACCCCAACAUCUUUAUUGGGGAGAACAUUCUGGAAGAGAGUGAGAACCUCAGCAAUGCUGACCAGCCGCUGCGCGUCCGUGGCUGCAUCCUGACUCUGGUGGAACGAAUGGAUGAAGAAUUUACCAAAAUAAUGCAGAAUACUGACCCUCACUCCCAAGAGUACGUGGAGCACCUGAAGGACGAGGCGGCCGUGUGCGCCAUCAUCGACCGUGUGCAGCGCUACCUGGAGGAGAAGGGCACCACGGAGGAGGUGUGCCGCGUCUACCUGAGGCGCAUCCUCCACACCUACUACAAGUUUGAUUACAAGGCCCAUCAGCGGCAGCUCACCCUCCCCGAGGGCGCCUCCAAGUCGGACCAGGAUCAGGCAGAGAACGAAGGGGAGGACUCGGCCCUGCUGAUGGAGAGACUGUGCAAGUACAUCUACGCCAAGGACCGCACGGACCGCAUCCGCACCUGUGCCAUCCUCUGCCACAUCUACCACCACGCCCUGCACUCCCGCUGGUACCAGGCCCGCGACCUCAUGCUCAUGAGCCACCUGCAGGACAACAUCCAGCACGCGGACCCUCCAGUACAGAUCCUGUACAACCGCACCAUGGUCCAGCUGGGCAUCUGCGCCUUCCGGCAGGGCCUGACCAAGGACGCCCACAACGCCCUGCUGGACAUCCAGUCGAGCGGCCGCGCCAAGGAGCUGCUGGGCCAGGGUCUGCUGCUGCGCAGCCUGCAGGAGCGCAACCAGGAGCAGGAGAAGGUGGAGCGGCGCCGCCAGGUGCCCUUCCACCUGCACAUCAACCUGGAGCUGCUCGAGUGCGUGUACCUGGUGUCGGCCAUGCUCCUGGAGAUCCCCUACAUGGCCGCUCACGAGAGCGACGCCCGCCGACGCAUGAUCAGCAAGCAGUUCCACCACCAGCUGCGGGUGGGCGAGCGCCAGCCCCUGCUGGGUCCCCCUGAAUCCAUGAGGGAACAUGUGGUUGCUGCUUCCAAAGCCAUGAAGAUGGGCGACUGGAAGACCUGCCACAGUUUUAUCAUCAACGAGAAGAUGAACGGCAAAGUGUGGGACCUUUUCCCCGAGGCCGACAAAGUCCGAAGCAUGCUGGUUAGGAAGAUCCAGGAAGAGUCGCUGCGGACCUACCUGUUCACCUACAGCAGCGUCUAUGACUCCAUCAGCAUGGAGACGCUGUCCGACAUGUUUGAGCUGGACCUGCCCACUGUGCACUCCAUCAUCAGCAAGAUGAUCAUCAACGAGGAACUGAUGGCCUCCCUGGACCAGCCGACGCAGACGGUGGUGAUGCACCGCACCGAGCCCACUGCCCAGCAGAACCUGGCCCUGCAGCUGGCCGAGAAGCUGGGCAGCCUGGUCGAGAAUAACGAGCGCGUGUUCGACCACAAGCAGGGAACCUACGGUGGCUACUUCCGAGACCAGAAGGAUGGCUACCGAAAGAACGAGGGCUACAUGCGCCGGGGUGGUUACCGUCAGCAGCAGUCCCAGACGGCCUACUGAUGGCACGGCUCUGUCCCUGUGGCCUGCACCUUCAGCCGUUAAGUCCUAAACCGUGCCCUACGCAUUAAAGGUCUAUUUAGUUGGUC